GCUCGCGUGAGAAAGUUUCAGACAGAGGGACACGGCACGAGCCAAAGGUCUGAUCCCCGAGGCUUAGAGACCAGCACAGAGACUCUUUGAAAGGUACUGCAGAAGUGGACAGAAGUUAGCCGUGAAAAUAAACAGAGAAGAAGAAGAGAGAUAGAGAGCGAAUGAAAGACACUUAUACAUGACAGUCUCAAGCAGCGGCAUGACAGUACGCACCGGCGGCUGCAUCUUCGCCAUUGUCACCGUGCUUGUUCUCCUGCUUAUUGUUGCCGAUAUUUCCGAAGUCGAGGAAGAGAUCGGAAACCCCAAAAACAGAGGUGCUAAGAAAUCAUCUUCUAGCAGCUUACAAGGAAAACAGAGCAGAGAUGAUGGCUCCCAAGGAAUCUCCUCAAAGACGGAUGCUAUAUUUGACAAAGAUAAAGAAGAUCAAGAGAAAAGCAUUGUGCCAGUUGUUUCGGAGUGGAAGCUGAAUAGAACAUUGUCUCUUAAUUUGAGACGGAACAUUUUGCGAUUUUUGGAUGCUGAACGGGACAUUUCAGUUGUGAAGGGAAAUCUGAAACCCGGAGACACAAUCCAUUAUAUAUUUGACAGAGGAAGUACAAUGAAUAUUUCGAAGAGCUUAUACCAGCUAAUCCCAAAACAAUCUCCAUUAAAGGGACAGCAUUUUCAGAAGUGUGCCAUUGUGGGAAACUCAGGAGUUUUAUUGAACAGCGGAUGUGGCAAAGAGAUUGAUACUCAUGAGUUUGUGAUCAGGUGUAACCUUGCUCCUGUGCAGGAGUUUGCAAGUGACGUUGGUAUAAGAACAAACUUAGUGACAAUGAACCCUUCUGUGGUCCAGCGGGCUUUUGAAGAUCUUGCCAACGACACAUGGAAGGACCGCUUACUGCAGCGUCUCCAGAAUCUGAAUGGCAGUAUCCUGUGGAUUCCUGCUUUCAUGGCAAAAGGUGGAGAGCAACGAGUUGAACUGGUCAACAGCCUGAUUCUCAAACAUCAAAUCAAUGUGCAAACUGCCUAUCCAUCUCUGAGGCUACUUUAUGCAGUCAGAGGGUACUGGUUGACAAAUAAGGUUCCAAUAAAGCGUCCAUCCACCGGCCUGUUAAUGUAUACAUUAGCAACUCGCUUUUGCGAUGAGAUACAUCUCUAUGGCUUCUGGCCUUUCUUGCAGGACCAGAAAGGAAAUUCAGUGAAGUACCACUAUUAUGACAGCCUCAGGUAUGAGUUUGACUCUCAGUCUAGCCCCCAUGCCAUGCCACUUGAGUUUCAAGCUCUACAGCGGCUUCAUCAGCAGGGGGCGCUCAAGCUCAACAUUGGAGACUGUGUGGCGGACACAUAAUAGUUGCGAGGAACCUGCAUCAUAUGGUCAGAAUCUUGAAGGCAACUCAAGCAGUGCCAUAGUUUCUACAUGUGCUUCAGAGGAGCCUGAGAGUGCUGAAAUGGUAGUUAUGAUGAAGGAGCUACCAGGCCCAAAGAUUUGUAAGAAUGUCCCCAGCAGGGUGCUCCUGGAUUUGCCUCCAUUGAGCUGGAUCCCAAGAAAGUUUACUGGCACUUACAGACGGAUGCUUCCUUGCAAAUAUCAGCUAGUCAUCUUAUAUGUUUGAUUAUUGGCAGCUUAAAAGAUGGCUUUUUCUCAACUGUUUUAGUAUCUGCCUUUGUAGGUGGCCAAGGAUCAAUGGCAUAAUGUUUUCUCUAACAGAAUGCCUGCGUUUGUGCACAUGGUCAUGUCAAGUGAUAGACCUGGCAUCUCUCUGGAUUCCCCAUUUGAACAUUCCUGUCAGUCAUGCUAAUUCCACAUUUAAAAGAAUGAGAAUCACCAAAAAUAGUAAAGUAAAUUAUGUAGUCAAGGAUCUUGAGGAGUAAAGAAGUCUCAAAAAGUGAGAUGUUUAGAGUCUUUAUGUUCUACCAUUGCAAUUACAGUUCAUAAAGACUUGACACCAGCACUGAAGACCUCUUAACGGAGAAGUGGCACAUAACUGAAUGAUAACAAACAAGUGGUGUCAGUCAUCAGUAACUUUGUAUCUCCUGCAAGACAUCUCUAAACAACGUGGACUUUCUUAAAAGUCUGAGGGUAGCUGGGAUCAGGCCCCAGUGUCUGUGUCUGUGUACAAAUGUUCUCCUUGUGACAUUCUGUUCUCAUAGAAAUCUCUGCAUGUCAUCUAAAACAACUAAAAUGAUACUUGACAGAUGAAAAUCUUGCUUUCCUUAAAUAAAAAGUCAAUUUUU